AUGCCCGACAUGGCUCGUUACGAUCCCUUUUCCCCUACGUUUGACCAUCCGCUACUGAAUUCGAGUCCAGACUACGGCUCCCGAAAUGGCUCCUUCAGAAAUCGUCCCAUUGGCGACAUUUCCAUUGUCAACUCUCAAAUGUCUUUUCGAGAGCGUAACAAACGCCUCAGAAGCCUGGAAGAUGAAAAGAAUCAGUUGAUCGAGGAUCUUUUGUAUCAGCUCGAAAACACCCAAAGUCAACUUGAACGGCUGCAGCUCGAUCACAAGCGAGAAGCCCAAUAUAACAGAGAGGGCCAAUUUCGAGAAAGUGCUCUGCAAGAGCAAUUAAUGCUAGCCCAAAAGAUUAUGGAUCGAAAUCCCUUUGUCGUCAUCCUCAUCGAUGGUGAAGACAUGAUAUUUACAAAGGAACUUUUGAGCAAGGGCGAAAAAGGUGGCAAGGAGGCUGUCAGCGCUAUUUCCGACGCCGUCAGUGCAUUUGUCGCUCAACAUCUACAUCACUUGGAUUCGCCCAAGGUUGCGACCCGGAUUUAUGCCAAUACCAAAUCGCUCUCUGAUAUGCUGGCGAAAUUGAAAAUAAUCGAGCGGCCUGCGAUAUUCGAUGACUUUGUGCGAGGCCUCAACAGCACACGGGUACUUUUUGAGUUUGUUGAUGCCGGUUCCCGAACCGAGAGCACAAAAGAAAAAGUCUGUGAACAAUUCAAUAUCAAUCUCUACGACUGCCACUGUCAUCAAAUCAUCCUGGGCUGCUCCAGCGACGACAAGUAUGCAAGUUUGCUGCAGGACACGAUUAAAGAUCCGGCCGUGCUGGAUCACAUUACCCUUCUUGAGGGUAUACCAUUCGAAAAAGAGAUUGCCGCGAUCAAGAAUAAUUUCAAAAGUACUAAAUUUGAAAAUGUUUUCCGCACCACCAAGCUAGCCCCUUCGGCCGUACAGCCAAAGGGUCCUUUACAGGCAGUCACCGCAACGUUGCCCGCACUCGCGCGAGUGGAAUCAAAUGGUACGACCGGGACAAACUCAAGUUCGAGUACACCAGCCAUGACUUGGGCCUCGAUGACCGCCCAACCUUUCGCCCCUUCUGCUCCAGCAUCCAAAGCUAGCACUACACGAACAUCGACUCCCACGUCUAUGAAGAGCCCUGAGGCUGCGGUUUCGAAGCCGGUAACCAAGAGCAUUGAUCGAAAUCGUCAUGGCCAACGAAUUGACAAAGUUGAUUCUUCCAUUCCCAACUACGAAAUUCAACGCAUCAAGAAGCUGAAGCUUUGUAAUAUCUACUACCUUCAAGGGCCUUCGUUUUGUACAUCGAACAACUGUUCUCAUUCUCACACAUAUCCCUUGUCGAAAGGAGAACGCAACGUCUUGCGUGAAGUUGCACGCAUGACUCCUUGCUAUUACAAAAUGGAUUGUACCGAUCCCGACUGCAUUUACGGACAUCGGUGUCCGCAGAACAAACCAGACGACCCCGGAUGCUGGUAUGGUGAGGACUGUCGGUUCUAUGGCUGGGGUCACGGGAUCGAUACACGAGUAGUAAAGACUACGAAGGUGUAA